AUGCCGUCGGACGAAGAGGUCGGGGGAAAACUUCUUACAGGCCCAGAGAUACAAAAACACAACUCCAAGAACUCAUGUUGGAUCAUCGUCCAUGGAAAAGCAUUCGAUGUCACGGAAUUCCUCCCUGAACACCCCGGCGGCCAGGAUAUCAUUCUAAAGUAUGCCGGGAAAGAUGCAACCGACGAAUUCGAGCCCAUCCAUCCCCCCGACACCCUCGACAAAUACCUUGACUCUUCAAAACAUCUGGGCCCAGUAGCUAUGGACACCGUCAUGCACGAGGAUAAAGCUGUCGAUCCCGAGGAGGAAGAGCGCCAAUUCCGAAUCCAGCACAUGCCUCCGUUAGAGCAGUGUUAUAACCUCCUAGAUUUCGAAGCUGUGGCCCGUCGCAUUAUGAAGAAGACAGCCUGGGCUUAUUAUUCCAGUGGCGCAGAUGAUGAAAUGACCCUCCGCGAAAACCACUCCGCCUUCCACAAAGUCUGGUUCCGCCCGCGCAUCCUUGUCGACGUCCAAAACGUGGACAUCUCCACCACAAUGUUGGGCUCUCCUACUUCCGUCCCCUUCUACGUCACCGCCACCGCCCUGGGAAAACUUGGUCAUCCGGAAGGUGAAGUCUGUCUCACCCGUGCCGCAAACACCCACAAUGUCAUCCAAAUGAUCCCCACCCUGGCUUCCUGUUCCUUCGACGAGAUCGUUGACGCUCGCGGCCCAGACCAGGUCCAAUGGCUGCAACUAUACGUCAAUAAGGACCGCACCAUCACCAAGCGCAUCGUCCAGCACGCCCAACAACGUGGCUGCAAAGCGCUCUUCAUCACCGUCGACGCACCCCAGCUCGGCCGCCGUGAGAAAGACAUGCGCUCUAAGUUCUCAGACCGUGGGUCCGCAGUGCAAGCAGCAGAUGGGAAAUCAGAGUCCUCCAUGGAUCGCUCGCAGGGUGCCGCCCGCGCAAUCUCCUCCUUCAUUGACCCAUCGCUGAGCUGGAAAGAUAUCCCCUGGUUCCAAUCCCUCACCGACAUGCCCAUUGUCCUCAAGGGUGUGCAGCGGGUCGAUGACGUCCUCCGCGCGGUGCAAAUGGGGAUCCCCGCUGUUGUGCUGUCGAACCAUGGCGGCAGGCAGCUGGAAUUUGCGCCGUCGGCCAUCGAACUGCUGGCGGAGGUCAUGCCUGAGCUACGCAGGCGUGGAUGGCAAAAUCGCAUCGAGGUGUAUAUUGAUGGUGGCGUGCGGCGGGGGACGGAUAUCCUUAAAGCGCUAUGCCUGGGUGCGAAGGGGGUGGGUAUCGGACGGCCGUUCCUGUAUGCGAUGAGCGCGUACGGAAUGCCUGGCGUCGAGCGGGCUAUGCAGCUGUUGAAAGAUGAGAUGGUUAUGAAUAUGCGGCUGAUCGGAUGUUCGAAUAUUGGCCAGUUGUGCCCAGACUUGGUUGAUGCCAGGGGCCUAGCGGUGAAGACUGUGCCAAAUCCGGUGGAUUCGCUGGGGUUGGAGGUUUAUGAUCCACUCGGGUUACCAACAGAUAGACUGCCGGCGCCGGCGGCAAAGUCGAGGCUGUGA